AUCUGCAGGGCUUAAUGCAACGUCAAUGCAUUCGCGCGCAUGUCUGCUCGCAUGCGCUUUACAAUAAAUUCCUAAAACCUCAGUUGAAUACAAAUAAAUAUAGAUACAAAUCCCCGUAACCCUGAAAUAUACCGGUGCUGUUUACCGAACAAGGAUUGACUAAUUUUAAGAUUUUAUAAUGGAGGAAAAUCUGGAAAUAUUAGAAAAAGCAUUAUUAAAGCUUGAAGCUUCAGAAGCGGAAGGAGAAAAAUCGAGUAAUUAUGAAGAUCUAUACAAAAAUAGGGGAAAAUUUAAAAAUCAAGAGGAAAGACGUAAACAACUUUUGGAGAUUCAGAAAAGCAAUAGACAUAACAAAAUUGAUAGACACCGAGGCAUUCUAGACCUCGUCAGUGAAAAAGAGAGUAACAUAUUUGAAGCAAGCAGGAAGGUUUCAUAUAGGCCAAAUAUUUAUGUUGCCGGCUUUCAAAAAACCUGCCUAUCAUACAAUAAUGUUCUUAUGCUGUCAGAAUGGAUGGUUGAAAAGCCAAGUGAUUUUAACAAGAAUUGGUAUGUGGUGCCGUGUCCUGUAGGUCAAAGGCUACUUGUUAUUGCUAAUUAUGGAACAACAAAAUUUUACACUAAACAUGGUAAUUUUAAGUUUGAAUGUUCUACGGGUUUGCCAGGAGGCAAUCCAUACAAUUACUUCGGCAAGAAUUGCUGUAUAUUGGACUGCUUUUACAAUGAAAACACUAAAACCGUGUAUUUAUUGGAUAUACUUGCUUGGAACAAACAGUUGAUGACAGAUGGAGAGACUGAAUUUCGUCAAUACUGGAUGAAGAGUCAACUAGAAGAUUUUCCAGACACCAAGACAAUCAAUAAAAAAAAUAAGGUUAUAAUCACAAUUCUACCUAUGAUGCCAUGCACAAAUGAUUAUCUCAGUUACUUAUUAAGUAAAUAUCCUCAGUUUGAGAAUAAUACUCCACCACUGGAUGGUUUACUGUUUUAUCACAAGAGGGCGCACUACGUCGCUGGCGAAACUCCUUUAGUCGGCUGGUUGUACCCUUAUAUGAUUCCUGAAGUGCUUGGCGAAGAUAUCUACGUACAUCCAGGCUAUAUGGAAGAAAUGCCAGAUGGUUAUGUUAAUCAAAUGGAUUUCAUAGAAAAAUUUGCAAUUAAACUAUCACAGAAACUCAAAGGACGCGCGAUAAAAAAUGAGAAUGAGACGGGUACGAACGAUUCUGAAAAAAUGGAAACUGAAGAAAAAGUAGAAGAAAAAAUAGUGCAAGAACAAUUAGAGAAAGAAAAGGUUGUUACAGAAUAAAAGGUUUGUUAAAUGUUAAAAAGGUAUAAAUGUUUGUCCUAUAGGGCUCAUGUUAAAUGUAUUUUUAAUCGACUUCAAAAGGAGGAUGUUACUCAAUUCGAUCGUAGAAAUAUCCCAAGUGUGGAAUCAUGAUAAGGAAACCAGGACCUGAUGAUGGAAUCCCAGAGAAAUCGAGGGAAAGCCUCUAAAAUCUAAAACUAGUGCGUUGGUUAAGUUUUUUCGUCUACUUACAUUGUAUAGCUUUUCGAUGUAAUUGAAGUCGGUUUUGUUCGUUUGCAAGUAAACACAAUUAUUGUAAGUGUAAAUUGUGACUUAUUUGCUUGAAAUCCUAUUGUAAUUUAUUUGUUAUAAAUCUUGAUGUUUCUGUAUUAUGUAUGAUGUCUAGUACUUAUGUACUUAAUGUAUUCUUAAAUCUAUACUCUGUACUUAUGUAUUCUUAAAUCUAUACUAACAUUAUAAAGCUGAA